GGUUCAACCUCUAUGUAGCCUUCAGUCAUCUCAGUAGGAGCAAUGUGACACCUUCAAGGCCCUGGAGGCAUAUGACAGGGCGAGAACAUACUCUGUGUGUUGGAGAGGGUGGGUGUGAGUGACAGAGAAGAGCAGAGAAGCCACAGUUAGUUAGAACAGGGGAUUUCUUCUCAACCCACAACCAUUGGGUGUCUCUCAAGGUAGCGCAGCGGUGGCCAUUGCUGAGUGAAACACGGUGGCGGCAAUUGCAUUUCUGCAGAAGGGAUCCAGAGGUGGCCUGUGACAAUCACUGCACAACAAACAGGGGAAAACAGGAAGGAGACACAUGGGAAACCUGCUAUACAAGGUCAGGGAAGACUGAAGCUCAACUCACCUUUCUGCAGCUGCAAGAAAAAACGUUAUGUGGUCUGGUUGCAUUGUUUAGCUACAGCUAAACUACUGUGCACUGAAGCUACUAGCAGAUACAUUAUACUGUGCGGAGUUAGGAGGAGUGCCUACUGGAUUGAAGAAUUUCAUGGUUGGAUUUCACAGUGUGAACAUUUGCAGUCUGUGGAAGGCUAGGGGCCAGCUGUCGUCCCAUUCAUGUUACACAGGAGACGCAUGGAUGCCGAACACUAGCAGCUAACACUAGUGGACUUCAACUAUUUUUACUACCCAGCCAGCAUCUUUGGAUUUCGGGAUCUGGAUUAGUCUUCCAUUAAUGCACCACUCUGAAACUGAAAAAAAUAUAGUUUAGUUUGUACAGAUUGAAUGAUUCCAUCCAGACUUUGGACUACUUAAAAUGCUAAAUUAUUCUGUUAUGCAACAGAGGUAAUCCACAGCAUCUAUAAGUGUGUUAAGUGCAUUCUAGACAGACUUACAGCUGAUCACAUGAAACAUUGCAUGCUCAUUGGUCUGAGGUGGAUAUUCUACACAAGAGCCAACAGCAGUUCAAUUUUUAUAGAAAUAUUAAGUUGGGAUCUGGUCAGAGGUUUGGUUCUGGGUCCAGAUGUUCCUCAACACGGUGCUGGUGGUCCUGACGGACCUGGCGGCCCGGUUCCUGGGUAACACUGUGUUCCGGCAACACUUCCACCUGUUGCUUUCAGCAGUGGUGAUGUUCGGCCCUGCACUGAGCCUCUGGGUCUCCCAGCACAGCAUCUUUGCCAAGAGAAGCCACUUCCUAUACAGGAUUUUCUUGCGCUCUGGUUGGGGCUGGACCUGCAUCUUUGUUGGCUCCUUCGUCUUCCUCCUCUCCUUCUCCAUCCGUCGCUCCCUCUCUCUCUCCAUCCGUCACCUCUCCCGGCUCGGGGUGGCUGGCGGAUUGUGGCUUGGUUUCUGUAAACUCCUGGACCUUCUGGAGAACGCCACAGGAAGCUGCUACGAACCUUUACUCAGCGGCCCAGAGGUCACCAAUGGGCAGCCUAUGCUAGUGUUGCGAGAAGGGGAGAGUAAAUCCGAGUGCCUCAAAGCUGGGAUGCUGUGGAGGGGGUAUGAAGUUUCAGAAGAUGUCUUCCUCCUCUGUCUCUGCUGCCUGCUGUUGGCUGAGGAAACAGCCGUGUUUGGCCCUUAUCUGAGUCUGGGUGGGAUCUCAGGUGCCCCUCUGAGGAUCCUCUUCCUCUUCUGUGUUCUCCUGCUCUGGCUCUGGAUCUUUCUGCUGCUCUGUCUCUUAGCUUACUUCCCUCAGUUCCCCACUCAGCUGCUAGGGGGCGCUCUGGGGUGUCUGAGCUGGAGGGGACUGUACCAGGGCUGGUAUCGCCUGGGGCCCAGCUGGUACUGCCCCGGGAGGCCUGGAAUGGGACUGCUCAACACCAAGACCAGCAGUGCUGAAGUAGAGGACGCACACCUGAGUCACGAUCACUGUAACUAACUGAAAAACAGACUUAGAUUUUAACACUGACGCAAAGAUUAAUUUAAUCAUGAGCUCUAGGUGGUUGUUUGGCGAAGACUAAGAUGACCUGUCCAUUGGGUUUGUCUUCUUUUAACAGUAAAACAAGAAAUCUUGUUGGAAAUUGGAACAAACAAAUGUAAGAAGUGGGCUUUAAAAGAUAUAUCUGUACAUCUCUCACACGUUUUUUUCUAAUGUAUGCCAAUGCAGCAAACGCAUGCUGUAUUUAUCCAAAGGCUUGUUUCCUACGACUUCGUAACAGGGAGUCUCAGUAAAUGACAGGAAAGUCACCAUAAGACAGGAAUUCAGGACAAUAGAUGGUUAAAAUGUAGAUACAGGCUGGAAAUGCUGGAGAAACCAAGACUUUACUGAACCACAAGCUUGUUUGCAAUGGCGGGAAAAAGGACAUAGUGAAAUGUUUUGAUGGAUAUGUGACAUGCUAAUUAUCAACUAAAUCAAUUAAACAAAAAAAAAAAACUUGCUUGUGUAAUGAAAGACUCAACUCUGUAAAGCCUGUUAACAGAUGGACUAUUAGUAUGGUUUACAGACAUCCAUGUGUUUCUCUAUCAGUGUUAUUUUGCAUGAGUAUAAUGUUUGAUAAAGACCACCAUCUGAAAUGAUCUGAACAGAGAAGGAAAGACAUUGGUUGAGUUUGUUUACACUUUUUCUCCAGAUGCACUGCUGUAACUUGUUGUUCUUGAUCCUUGAUUUAUAGUUAAAGUUCGGAGAGAAACUAAAAAACAUAAAGAAAGAAGACAGAAGACCAUUUUCCUCCUAAAUUAGUUUUAUGGAUAAAACGUCUCCACGAAGAAAAUAUAUACAAAACAUCAGCAAUCAAACAGCAGAGAGUACAUGCUGCCUUGACAUUUGAUACAGAAAAUCCGCUGUCAACCUCACAAAACCAUAACAGUUUCACAGUGCUCAAAAGCAUUUGGCGGUUGUACCAUUCAUCAUUAUACACACAGACAUCAAGCUUCUUGUCUGGAAAACAGUGAUAAAUUACAUUUGUGAUUGAUUACCGUUCCGUAAACCCAACGUCAUCUUUCCAUACGGUUACAUCUUUUACGUCAUCGAUCAGAAAAAAAAUAGAAAAGGAAGAACAUUUCUUCCAUUAAAAAAAAUGUAGACAAGAAAGACUGAUAUCCUGUAUAUACAAAAUAAUUCUAAUGACCAUCAUAGACUAAGAGGAGGUACAUGACAAAUGACAAUUAAGGCAUAGUUUGAUGUGUCUUCAGAAGACAAUCUCUUCUUUACGUCCGUAAAAAGUCAGGGCCACAUCCAAUGAGCAAAGUUAGCUUUUGCCGGUGUCGCCAUUUCAACAUGGAUCGACAAAAUUAACCAGUGGAGUUUGUUCCUCAGUGAUAUCAUUAUAUGGUGAAAUAUUGACACGUGACGUUCAGUUUCUAAUGCUACAGCUACUGUGUGCCAGUCAACAGCAGAGAUAGACUACUUCAGCACUUCAUCCUAAAGCUUUUAGCUUCUGGUUUAUUGAGUUCAUACAAAACAGUAUGCACUACACAGUUACAUCACUGAUUAUUGAACAACUUUUUGGAUAUUACCAACAUGGUAAACAUUAAAAUCAAGUGAAUAUUUGUGUGUACUUUGAGUAUUUGAAGAGAAACAUGUACAUGUAUGUACUCUCAGCCUUCAGUCGGGCUUAGGUAAGUACUGAACCGGCCUUUUUAAGGUGGUGUUAGAUCAUGGUAGAUUAGGGGAAGU